AUGGAACAACAAUCAAUAAUAAAAUUAACAACCGCAAAAACUACAUUACAAACCCUCCCACUCGAACUCCUGGAAAAAAUAUACCACCACGUUCCACUCAACAAUUUACACCACAACCUACGCAAAGUCUCUACCAUAUUCUACUACACCAUACCAAAAUUCAUCUCUCGCGAACUUUCGCUUCGUCUUAAGACGAACCCGAAAUUUUUAAACUAUGAUAAAGAAUUCAAGAUCGAUAAAGAUAUUCUGUUUUUGACGUUAACAUGUAGAACACCACCACUCGAUAUUUUCCCGUGGCAAAUAAGAAUGGAGAAGUUGUCGACUCUUGAUCGAUUGAUUGUGAUAUUGGUGCGUGUUGUGACGCAUAUUGAGAUGACUACUAUGAAGGAAAUUAAAGAUUCUGGUGGUGAUGGUAAUGGUGAUAGUGGGAGUGGUGGCAAGAUUAACAGGAAAUGGGCUUGGGUGAAUUUUUGA